UAAAAAUGCGGUGCAAAUAUGAAAGAUGGGAGUAAAACUAAGAGUACAAGGACAAGAGGGAGCUACAUGGGGUACAAUUCAUUGUUAAGGAGCCCAAAGAAGGAAGAACAACAGGUUCCGGAUGCCACUCCCUCUGAACUCGACGGCACCAAAGGAAGCUACGCACGUGGAGAGAUUGAGAUCAUCGACGAAUUGGAUGGUCUUUUGGGCGAUGAAAAUGGAGAAUUGUCCAGGGAUAAGAUAGAUGGUCAUCUCAGCUGGGACAUCAUGGUCUGGGACACCGGACUCCAGCAUGCGGAUGAAGAAGACGACGAGGGAGACCACAAGGUUUAUAGUGCCGCCAAAUACUUGGACGAAGAGAGCGAAUAUAAUAAUAAAGCUGUGAAGACAGAACAACUUGGUUUCUGGGAAUUAGAUGAUGAGAAAAGGGUUUCCCUCAACUUGAAUUUGAAUUACCAAGAUGUAUUAGAUGCAUGGUCGGAUCGUGGGCCUCUAUGGGCUGAUGAUUGUUCCAUUUCAGCGGCCACCAACGUCAACGGCUAUUAUAUGGGAGAAGUGCCGAUGAUGGAGCUAGAAGAAAGAACAAGAAGGGAAGCGAGUGUUCUUAGAUACAAAGAGAAGCGUCAGACUAGAUUGUUCUGCAAGAAGAUAAGGUAUGAAGUCCGCAAACUCAACGCAGAUAAACGGCCCAGGCUCAAGGGUCGGUUUGUGAAGAGAGUUUCCUGAGAGAAGAUAACCAAGACGUUGCUUCAAAUAUCUGAUGAAGAUAUCUUUUAGUCUGCGGAAUUUUU